AGCCACCUCUGUUUAGGAGAGUGCAAAGACUGGGUACUAGUCAAGUAGUGUUCCACUUCUAUCAAAUACAUUCGACAUGAACCUAACACUUUACUUGUGUUUGGCUGCCGUGUGUUUUGUAACAGUGAGCAAAGCCUGCUCUUGUGUCACWCGAGAUACGUCAACGCCAGAGUUUUUAUGCUGUAACGAUUACGUUCUGCGAGGUACGGUCGUAAAGAGUGUUGUGACGGGAAACAAAUCAAGACCAGAAAGUCAAGAAAGAGUGUUCACGGUGAAAGUCCAAGAAAUCUUUAAAGGAAAAGAGAAAAUCAAAGACAUAGCUGGUGACACUUCGCAAGUAAACAUUUCCACUGCUGUUCAAAGUGCAACUUGUGGAACAAACAUCCCUUCGAACAAAGAUUACCUCAUAUCAGGUCAUUUCUGGAAUAACAAAAUAAGAAACAGUCUGUGCAACAGUUGGAACGUAGAAUGGAGCAGUGUUAAACAGUCAUUCAAAGACUUCACACCAAAGCUCAAGACCUGCCCUUGUGGAGUCGGCUGUCUUUUGCCGUUGCAGGCCUUAGUAGCACUAGCAAUAAUCACUUGUAUUAUUAACUAUUUCUAGAUAUAGUCAUAUCCUUGUAGAGUUGUCUGAUAACCUUACAGACCUUACAGUGUAAUAGCAAUAAUCACUACUAUUAUAUAAACUAUUCAUAGAUACGGUCAUGGACAUGUAGAGUUGUCUGGUAUCCUUACAGACCUUAAUGGCAGCACUCACUAGUAUUAUAAACUAUUCAUAGAUACGGUCAUGGACAUGUAGAGUUGUCUGGUAUCCUUACUGACCUUUUUUAACGCUAAAAUCACACAAGGUCAAGUGGACUACGAAGUAGUCGAUAAACAAUUUUUGUAACAUUUUAUAGUAUUUACAUAUUAAACACCAUUAAAUGUUCACUGAUGUUUUGUUGACGAAA